CGCCAAGACGCAGCGCUGGACAAGUUUCGCAAAUUUGCGUCAGCCAAGAAUGUGCACAUUACGCUCGUCGUGCACCCGCGCAAGGAGCAAGACGAUACUGACUUGAGCCUCUCGUCCGUCUUUGGCACGGCCAAGGCGACGCAGGAGGCCGACAACGUGCUUAUUCUCCAGCGCAUCAAGGGCGAGAUGAAGCUCGAUAUUCGCAAGAACCGGUUUGAUGGGACGCUCGGUUCGAUCCCGCUGGCCUUUGACCCGCGCAGCAACUGCCUCCGCGAGCGCUACGCGACGACCAUGCCCGAUGCCGUCGCGGCCGUGGACGCCGAGCACGAAGUGCACCGCAUGCAGUACGAUGUGUCGCCGCCGUCGACGUCGUAUGCGAGCGAGAUCAUUCUCGAGCCGACGCCCCCGAGCGUCGUUGCGCCGCGCCAGGUGCAGCAUUUGAACGGACGCCACGACGUGGCCGACGAGGAAGAAGAGCCCUUCUCCAUGUUUACGCCCAUUAUUACCAAGUAG